UGCAGCAAAACACACAAAAAGGAAUCGGACUCACGUGACUUCGUGGAAUCAAACCACGGCGUUUUCUCCUCAGCUAGUAGCGUACUUGUCUUCCACUAAGAGGCUGACCUCUAAGCACCGUUAACCGCGACCUAAUUCCUUUUUGGGAAAUAUUGGUGAGCAUGGAAAUUGCAUAUACAUGCCCCCCCCCCACCAAGCUGUUGUCCACAGGGGCGGGAUCUAAUUGUUAGAAUAAAGAAGGGCCCCUUAAAACACACCCAAGGCCUCAGCACUCCAGGUGCAACCGCCAUGGCUUUCAGAUCUCUCCUCAUCACCUCGGCCUUGCUGGCCGCCGCCUCGGGCGCGGACCGGUCAGCUUGCAACGCAACAUGGUUUCUGACGUUGCCCUGCGGCGAAGCGGCCGGUGCCCUGGUGAGCCAGGGCAAAGCUUGGCGCACAAACCAGUGCUACGGCAACCAGGAGGAAUGCCAGUACGAGGAGUCCCCCGCAGCCCUUGAAAUCAGGCGAACAUCUCUCAGCACCCACAAAACCAACGAAAUUGCCUUUGAGUUCACCCCACCUCUGCCGCACCCCUUCUGCAAAAUCAGGGUAGGUUUGCUUCCGACCGAACACCAGCGCGUCACACCAGCGCCUGUGACGCCUGGUGACAUUGCUGUGGUUUGUUCCUGCUCAGGCCCGUUCCACAACGACGUCCCGGGCCGCCGGCCGGCCAAACGACUACUGCCUACUCCACCAUUUAAUGACCGGUACGAGUUUACUUUUCUCUGCAUUCUUAAAAGCGCUGUUUCAGUGGUGUUCGGGGGGGUUUGCCUAAUGUUGUUUAUGUGCUUUUUUAAAAAUGUGUUCAACAAAAACAAAAAAAGGAAGUGGACUGACCCGUGCAGAAGGCUACGCAGAGACGUGCAAUGAGGCAAUGUGCCCCUCAAAGGCCUCGGCAACAUGCAACGGUGAAGAAUAAGUACUGCACGCUGAGUUUUUAAGUAUCGACGCGACGGAUUUUACUUUUAAACGCAUGUGUCAAGUCUAGAUCCAAACCACAGAAUAUAAUUGAACCUUUUUGUAUUGCUGAACCAUCAUAUAACAGAUGUAUAUUGUGCAAGAAUAAACCCCAGGUUCCUGAAUAAACACUUCUUCGGUGUG